UUCAUCUUUAGGGGCCACCAUUUUCAAAGACGGAUAAUGGCGUCACUCAUCUCUACAAAUAUUAUUUGUAGGGGCGGGUGACGUCAUUACCCGCCUCUAAAAAUAGAGCAUUAUUUUCAAGGAGCAGCAUGUACACACCUUAUCUUUAAAAAAAAAGACAGCACCAACACCACACGCACCACCUCUCUCUCUUGGUCCUCUUCCAUCUCUUCCACUCCCGGCCACACGCACCGCAUUUCUCCUCCCCAGCCUCUGCAGCGCUGCCUCGGCGGCGCAACGCACGGCGGGGGCAGCAGGAGCCGCAGCACAAGAUCUGUGUCGGGUUCGGGCGGCCGGAGACCAGCGACUGCGCCGGCUUCUUCGCGGCGUGGCUCGCCAGCGGCCACGGCCCGCCGGCGCCGUGCGUGGAGAUCCACGACUGCGACGACGCGGAGAUCUACGUCGAGACUGUCGGCCUCAUGUACUGCGACGAGGCCAAGCACCGGCUGCUCAAGCAGAGCCUCCCCCGCGUCCUCCGCAUCAUGAAGGUUGCCGAGGUGCUUGGCUUCCAUGGAUGCGUCAAGUCAUGCCUGGAGUACUUGGAAGCCGUCCCUUGGGUCGGCGAGGAAGAAGACAACGUCGUCGCAUCGAUACGGCGUCUUCAGAGCAAGGACUAUGGAGUUAUUCCCCUGCUAAGGAGGAUUUCAUCUAAGAAUCUGCUCGGCGUGGCCCGCGGGCGUGCAGCGUUGCGGGGCGCUGGUGCACAGCAGCGGCUCGGCGCACGGCGACAGCGCGGGGCCGCGGCGCACAGCGGCGCCGGCGCCCCACAGCACCUGUUGCCGCUCAUUUUUUUUUGUUUUUUAUUCAAUUUGCAGUGGUAGGUGACCCCGUGACCCGUUCUAAAAAAUCCAUUUCUUUCUAAGGCAGGUCAUGUCCUCACCCGCCAUUAGAAAUAGAUUUUCAGGGGCAGAUGAGGGUAUGACCCGUCUCUAAAAAUGAAUUUUUAGAGAUGGGUGAUGUACCCACUCCUACAAAUAGUAUUUUUAGCUGCAGAAAAUAAAAGCGGGUGCUGUACCCGUUUCUAAAAAUAACUUUUUAGCCGCCCCU